GCCAACUUGUAGACAAGCCAAUAGUUAAAUUGAGAAAUACGAAAUUAACUAGAAAGAAGCAAAAGGAAACUUUCUUUAAGACUAGGAAUUCAUAAGUUAGAGAAACACUUCAUGAGACAUUAGCCAAGACCCUAAAAGAAGUUCUCAUCUCUCAAACAUGUCUUUUUUCGGGAACCUAGUAGACAGUAUGGUAUCUUUUGCCAACGAUUCUGCGAGAACUGUUGCAGAAGAAGUGAUAAAUCCAGCGGUAUCGAUCAUCCAAAACCAGCUCCAGCGGCCACGGGACGUCCUUGAGCAACAACAAAUCCUAGACAAUCUCCAAGAAUCUAAUGGUUCGCAUUUCCCUGGGGAUGACUACCACUCGCCCGAUCGGAAGAACUGGAUGGCGCAUCUCUCUGUGGAUAAGCUAACCCUUAACAAGAUCGUGUGGCCCGGAACGCACGACUCAGCCACCAACGGAAUCGGGGACCCUGUGUUCACUCGUUGGUUGGGUGAAUGCCAAACGCUUUCCAUCUUUGACCAGCUAGUUCUUGGAACACGUGUCCUCGAUAUCCGUAUACAGGAAGACCGCAGUGUCUGCCAUGGAGCUCUGUCGUCGUACAACGUUGAUGUCGUCCUCAAUGACGUCGUUAGAUUUUUGUCGGAGACCCAAUCUGAGAUCAUAAUCCUUGAGAUAAGGACCGAGUUUAAAAAGAAAGACCCUAUGGGAUUCGAGGCUUACUUGGCAGACAAGAUAGGUCAAUUCUUGAUACAUCAAGACGAUAACUUGUUCGACAAACCGAUAUCAGAGAUUUUGCCGAAAAGGGUUAUUUGCAUCUGGAAACCAAGAGACUCUCAGAAGCCGCGCCGUGGUGGACUUCUCUGGAACUCAGAUUAUCUAAAAGAUAAUUGGAUCGAUACAGAUCUUCCAUGGACGAAAUUUCAGAGCAAUUUGAAGCAUCUGAGCGAACAGCAACCAAUAUCUUAUAGAAGAUUCUUUUACCGGGUUGAGAACACGGUUACUCCGCAAGCAGAUAAUCUGGUUGUUGGGGUUAAACCGGUGACUGAUCGAAUCCGAAAACACGCAAGGCUAUUUAUAUCUCAGUGUGUUUCCAGGGGAUGUGGAGACAAGUUGCAAAUUCUGUCGACUGAUUUCAUUGAAGGAGAUUUCGUGGAUGCCUGCGUUGGACUCACUCAUGCGAGAAUCGAAGGGAAAGUUUAACAGAUAUCCGAGUUUGACAAGCAUUGGAAGUUGGAACCAGUAUAUUUCUUUGGUUUUGGAUUACGUAUUCUGUAAGUUACAUUAUUUCGAAAGGUGUCUGUGUGAUCUUCGAUCGCCGAUGAAUUUAAUGCAAAGUGUGUGUGUGUAGCCUUUUUAUUUUUCUUUGUUCAUAAUAUCUUAGAUUUGUGAAUAAUUUGAGCUCUACCGUUCUCCUUGAGUGAAUAUGUUUUAGUAGAUGAUUAACACCAGUAUAAAACCUAAUUCUGUACCACCCUUCAACCAUUAAGUUGUUGUUAGAAAUUUCUAAAAAUUAGAAAUAGGAUGUUUACGGGUUUACUAAAAAGAGACAAGCUGGUGUCCUUGACUGUGUUAAGUUGUGCCACAAUUUGCUUGCAUCCAAACGUACCAAGAAUCACGAGAGUCAUCAACGAACAAGAAACUCUUCACAAUCAGACUCAAUGCAUUUAUGUUAUUGCCUACCACAUACCGUGCCAACUUGGACAGGCCCUAACUUUGACACUUAUGGACUUGGUUAAACUAAUUUUGAGGCUAGAAAUAAAAUCCACUAUCAUGGUUAUGU